GAAAUUAUUAUUAUCAAUCAAUCAUUUAGACAUUCAAUGUUUACGGAGCAGUUUGCAAAAAUGUAAAUAAUAAUAAUGUAAAUGUAAGCUUUCAGUGUUCCUGGUGGCUGGUGGUUACUUAGUACUAAGACUUUGUCUUAGUACUUAGUAGUAGUACUUAGCACUACUCACUGCCUGUCUCCAACUUUUCUUGCCUGCCAACUUACUCUACGCGACAAUAGUGAUCUCUGUACGUUUCAAGGAAGAUAGCCUACACUUUUUUUAUUAAUUAUUUUUCUAAUAUUUCAAAUUCUAAUCAGACGUUCAAAAAAUAUCUGUGAAAGUAAUUAAAUAUAGGCCCUAUAUAAAAAAAAGUUUUAAAAAAGACUCCAUUAAAAAUGUUGUUUUUAUUAAAUUUAAUUAAUAAUCAUUUUGACUGCAAACUAAUUGUUGGCUACUCAAUUUUCAUAUUGGCAAUUGAUUUUAAAAAAAAAAAGAAUCCAUUUUAUUUAAUUGCAGUUGGCCAAGUGGGUUGCUAGAAUACUAGCUACAAAAUGAGUUCUGCAGAAGAAGGCCUUAUGGCUCUUCUUGAAGCCAUGUUAACACUGGCUGCAAGAGAUGUGCGGAGACCAAAACCAAUUGUCAAACCUGGGGGACAUCCAGAGGAGCACUUCUUAGAUCUAACAGAGGAUGAAAGAGAUGAAUUUUCCUGUAACAUUUGGUAAGUGUGGCACUAAAAGCUGGAAAAGUUUUCUAAUCACUUUUUAUUUUAAGCAACUAAAUGAUGUAAGCAACAUGUAGAAUUUUAUUUUGAGCAAUUUUUUAUGGAGAGUAACAAUAUCACCAUUUUGUAUUCAGUUUUUUUAUUUGUGUUCAGGAAAAUUUUUUAUUAAUUUUCACAAUUUUAAAAAUGUUCUUUGCAGCUACCAAGUUCUAAAGGAAACAAUGCAGUGUGUGAAUAACCAUAAGUUUUGCCAUUCAUGCCUUCUUGUUUGGUCAACAACUGGUCAGUAUGCUAAUCGUAUCAGAUGUCCAGUCUGUCGGACUCAUGGUUAUUAUUUUCGAAACAGUGAAGUUGAUGAACGAAUAGGUGCCAAGAAAGUGAAGUGUCUGAUUGAAUCCUGCAGCUGGACAGGCCUUCUUAAAUAUUUUGCCUCUCAUCGCCACACAACUUAUGGGGGAGCAAAUACUGGUAAUGAGGAUAAUAGUAGUGUUACAACUAUGCCUCGUCUUGCCCAAGCCUCUCCCCACAUCAAUUUAACCAAUACAAGAUUUUCUGGUACAGGUCUCUCAACUCACGGUAAUUCAGAUGCAAAUAUCACAAUGUCACCGAGGUUUUCCUUAUUUGGUAGCAGCACAUUGACUCCUGAAAGCCCAAGCUCUCAAAGUAGUACUAGUCAGGAAACAGUCAUUGAACUACCAAGACGAUCGAAUGUUAACCCAAGCACUAGAUUUCACAACAGACCCCCUCUAAGGAGAAUACCUGAUACAAGGGCUGCCAGCUAUAAUCGUAUCACUUUCAGCCACACAGGACCAAACAUUGACAGUAGUAACAAUGUUGAGGAUGAGUCUCCUCCUCUGUCAGAGAGAUCAACACAGCUCGAUGUUACAGAGAAUAGCACAGUUUCAGGUGGCAGUGGUCUUACACCGAGACCACCUUCGGGACCUCGAACAGCCUCCAGUACUGUUAAUAUGAGACGACUUCCAAGAAUAGUUAAUCCGCCACCCCAGCCCCACCGAUACCAACCACCUGAAGCGAUGUCACUGAAUGUCAGUGGAAGGCCAAGGCCCUCAGAGAAUUUGGGGGAAAUUAGAGAUCGUCUUCAAGAAAGCAGGAGCAGGUUGGAUAACUUAAUGACAUCUUUUUCAGGUGAGCUUGAUCGAAGCCGCCAAGAAAUGGCUCAGUUCCAACAAGAAAGAGAACGCCAGCGCCGAGAACAGCUUGAGGAGGUGCGAGAACUGGGUCAGAGACUAGGCCAAGUGGCUUCUGAACUCAGGCGCCUUUUAGAGCACCGGCGCUUCAUUAGCAGUUUUAGUGAUGAAGAUGAAGAUGAUGAUAUUGAGUAAUUUGAAAGAAAUGUCGAUUAAAAAACACUAUUUUUCAUGAUUCAUUCAGUUGUACAGCAUUGUUAUGAGUGGGAGUAAGCUCAAAUUCACUGUGAUCUGGUUACAUCUUAUAGAAAUAUAAAAACUAUUAGAGGUCUAGGGUCUAGCUGUACUGUCUAUAGUUGGGAAAAGAGUUCAAUCAUAAAUAUUGUAGAAACUAUGAGAAGCAAGGAAAAGCUCUGUGAUAAUGGUCUCUAUCAGUCUGAUUGAAUCCUGC